UUGAACCUAACAAAGUUAAAAGACUUGUCAGAUCAUCACCAUAGUAUUAAAGAAAAGAAUCACCACCAUUUUAAGUACUUGGAAGAUUUACUGGAAUCAUUUUUAGACUCUCAUCCCAGUGUAGAAUGGUUUACUCAAGAGACUCUCCGAUCUCGUCAAAAACGAGCAGUAGCUUUUGUUGAUCCAUAUUUUACCAAACAAUGGCAUUUGGUUAAUCGUCAGUUGGCCCAUAUGGAUAUUAAUAUAACUGGAGUUUGGGAGAGAAACGUGACAGGUCAUGGGGUCACAGUGGCUGUAGUAGAUGAUGGAAUUGAAUGGACCAAUCCAGAUCUAAAAGCUAACUAUAAUUCUAUGGGAAGCUGGGAUUUAAAUGAUAAUGAUGCUGAUCCUAUGCCUAGUGAAAGUAAAGUAAACAACCAUCAUGGUACGAGAUGUGCGGGAGAAAUAGCAGCUGUAGCGAAUAAUGAUAGAUGUGGAGUAGGGGUGGCUUAUACUGCCAGAGUUUCAGGUUUACGAGUAUUAGAUGGACCAAUGACUGACAGUCUAGAAGCUACAGCCUUUAAUAAAAAAUUACAAAUUAACCAUGUUUACAGUUGCAGUUGGGGCCCAGAUGAUGAUGGUAAAACAGUUGAUGGUCCUCAUAUUCUAGCUGCUAAAGCUAUGAAAUAUGGUGUAGAUUAUGGUAGGGGAGGCUAUGGUAGUAUUUUUGUCGUUGCUAGCGGUAAUGGAGGUCGUCACCAUGACAACUGUAAUUUUGAUGGAUACGCUAAUUCCAUCUAUACUGUUACGAUAGGUGCUGUAGAUGAAAUAGGUCAUAUGCCGUACUAUGCCGAGGAAUGUGCGUCUAUGCUGGGGGUAACAUUUAGUAGUGGCAAGGCUAACAAUAGAAAUAUAGUGACUACAGAUUGGACUAAAACUAGUAGAAAUGGUUGUACAGUUCAUCAUUCAGGAACUAGUGCCGCGGCCCCACUAGCUGCUGGAAUGAUAGCCUUAAUGUUUCAAGUUCGUCCCUGUUUAACUUGGAGAGAUGUUCAAUAUAUUAUUAUUAUGACUGCUUUAAAGGUGGAUGUAGAUUUGGCCCACUGGCAACAAAAUGGAGCUGGAUUAAAUCAUAGUCAUAAACAUGGAUUUGGAUUAUUGAAGGCAUGGAGAUUGGUUAAUGCUGCCAAGAUCUGGGAAACAGUACCAUGGAUGACAUCAUUUACCUACAGUAAUGAUAAUAUAGACCAAGUUAUACCGAAAGAUGUCAAUAAUCCAUUAGUUAUACAGCAUAUAGUAAGUGAAAAAGAUAUACAAGGGUAUGAUCUAUAUAUAUUAGAAUAUGUACAAGUUACCGUGACGAUAACCCAUCCUAACCGUGGUAAACUGUCCUUACAGUUAAAAUGUCCCAGUGGUACCAAUUCUGUCAUAGCUGCUGAGAGACCCCUAGAUGUAUCUAAGUCAGGGUUUUCAGGCUGGACAUUUACUAGUGUAAGAUGUUGGGGUGAGAGACCAGUUGGUUCCUGGAAUUUAACUAUCACUGAUUCAGGAACUGGCCCAGAGAAACCAGGUAUUUUAAAAAGUUGGAGGCUACGAUUGUUUGGUACGCCCAUGACAACAGAGGAAUUUCAGGACCGGAGGCUUAAAAUUGAGAAAGCUAUGAGUGGUGAAUAUCUAAAUGAUAGUUAUUCGUUACCAUGUCGACCACCGCCAACAACUGUCAAAUCAGAUAUACCUAUAACACUCAAAACAUUGAAGGUUUUGGUUCUGGCCAGUGUAUUCUGUUUAAUUAUGGCAAUUUACGAAACUUUAGAAUACUGCUUG